AUGGCUAUCCCACACGGUCUCGUUAGGGCGCGCAGCCGGGUGGUGUUAGCCACCGGCGUGCUGCUCUUCGUCCUCCUCGUCGCUAAGAUGCGGUCCAAGUCGUCGCUCUUCAUGACCGUUACCGUCGCCGGGCCCGCGAGCCAUUCGGCAGCUGCCCAACCCGUGAUCGUCGGCGGCGUCGAUGUGGGUUGGUACCCGUCCAGCCAGACUGCGUUCAAUGACCUCACGGCCGUGGUCGACGGUGCCGGGGUGCCUAAAUUCACCUUCGACCCGUCGGGCGAGUGGCAGGAUGACGGCUACAACUGGUGCAACAUGCCUCAUGUGCGGGCGCAGGAUUACAUGCAACCGUCGACGGAUUUUGAGCUGCAGUAUGUGGAGAUUAUUCAACGUCACCACAAGAGGACACCCUACGCAUCGAACGCGUUCCCUGUUGAACCCUACAACUGGAAUUGCGACGAUCAGGGCCUCUUUUUCUACGGACAAUCGUUCCAGCCCAGCUCAUCGCCGCCCGCAAAGGUGUACUGGAAAAACACGAUCUCUCCCGUAAACCCGUUUGUUCCGUCGGGCUGGAUCGGAACGUGCCAGUUCCCGCAGAUAACCGCGGGAGGCCUAGAUGACUCUUGGAAGCAUGGAAAGGAUGUCUAUGAAGUCUACGGCGAACUCUUGGGUUUCUUGCCUAACAAGGACGAGGGCAAUGGCUGGAGAGAUAAAGUUCGGUACAGGGUCACGCAAAACGUGAUAACGAGCCAAGUUUCCGGGUCUUUGAUCGCAGGAGCGUGGGGGGAAGACACCACUGUGAACCCGGUGGGCGUCACCAUCCAAGCAGCCAACAUCGAUUCCCUAGAGCCGCAAUAUCCCUGCCCAGCGGCAUCCAACGCAUUCAAUGCCAUUCAGUCGUCCAGCAACCGAGCUUGGGUCGACCACCUCACAGCCGCAGCGCCCCUGUACGCAACCCUUGACAGUAUCUCGGGUGUGCCGCCCAACGACGCCGGUUUCCACAAGAGCCUGGACCAUUACUUCGAUAACCUGUCUGCCCGGCAGUGCCAUGCCAAGCCGUUUCCGUGCAAGAUUGGAGAUGAAGGACGCUGUGUCACGCAAGAACUUGCAGAUCAGGUUUACCGCUUCGGACACUGGGAGUAUGCCCAUAUUUAUCGCGGCUCUUCGGCCUCACUUGACGCUAGUGUGGCGAGUAUCGGCGUCUGGAUUGCCGAGCUGGCUGCCAAUUUGCGUGAGGCUUCUGAAGGGAAUGGCACUGUCCUUAUGAGGCACAACGUUGCGCACGAUGGCUCAAUCAGUAGGGUCUUGUCGGUUCUUCAGCUGGACGAGAUGUUGUGGCCGGGUAUGGGUUCCGAGAUCGUCUUUGAGCUCUGGAGGAAGAAGACUGACAAGUCGCUAUACGUGAGGGCGCUGUUUGGCGGCCGCGUACUGAGGAGCGCCAGUCCUACAUUGGGUCGAAUGGAAAUGCUGCCGUUGGACACGGUACUUGCAUAUUUUGGUGGCCUCGUCGGAGUCAAUGCUGGCAAGAUACUGGCAAAAUGCCUCUAA